GUGAUCCGGGAUCGAGCCAAACCCGGUCAAACCGCUCCUUACUUAGCCACGUCUUCGGGAUUAUUGAAAGUCACCGAAACCUUCCUCGCCCUCCUCCUCCUCGGUUUGGCGGCGGAACACGGCGCCGGAGCCGGGCCGGAGGCUUGGCGUUGGUGUUUAGGGAUUUAUUGCGUUUCUUUCGCCGUCGGGAUAUUGGUGAUCGGGGGUUGUUUAUGGGGUUGGGGUUGGUGCGGUUGGGCUCAGGAUCCCGCCAGCACCAGGAGGGCGUUGGGGAUUUACGCCGCCACGGGGGUGCUGGCGUACGCGGCCGCCGUCGUCCUUUGGCCCCUUUACGGAUUUCGGGAAGAGAUGGGGGGGCAAGCGCGCCGGCCG